CCUCAACGUUAGAGUGCGGGGUGUAUACGAAGUGGACAGUAUAUAAGUCAUGGCAGAUUGUGCUGCGAUCUCCACAUCAUCUUGUUAGACCUCUGCCAAUCGAUCACUUUCACCCAGCUGUCUUCAUCCAUUAAUUCAAUAAGGCAAUCGCACACAAUGAGGUCUCUAUCCAUCCUCGUUGCUUCUUUUGCUCUGGUGGCCCCUGGUCUCGCUUGUCUUCACCUCAAAGGUGGUAUUACUCACGACCCUUUUCCAGGGUUGAGUGGUACUUGGAACGUAGAGGCUGUAGACAAUGGUGUCCAAGUCUGCAACUCGGAAUCCCGCAUCGAUCAGGACGGUCACUAUUCUAUGAAAUGUCUGCCUGGAUACGUUUACGCCUUCACGAAAGAUGGAAGCACGGCCUGGUUCGCUAAUCCAAGCCAGUCAUGGUCAUUUGGGCAGCAUCCAUCUACCUCCAGGUACUGCUGCCACGGCGCGUGUGAUGACAAAGGGGUUCACAUUGGGUGCACGGAUUACGAAUGGGAUUUUUCGAUGUUCUGCUAGAUAUACCUAUCUUCACUGUUUCAAGUUGCAGUAGUAUUGUGUAAUUUGGAAGGUGGUCAUGUCGUUAUUGACCUGUCGAUGUCGCUGCGCGAACUCGUAGAUUGCUGUGAAUAUCUGUAGCCAUUUUGAUCUUAAUAUGCAACAGCAAAUAUUGCUAAAUAUACGUGUACAUGCAUUCAGG